GUCUUUGAUGGCGUCAUUGAAGGAGUACAUCAACAUUGGAAGCACAGAGAAGUUGUGAAGGUGAUUACAAUGCAGAGAGCAUUCGUACGAGUUAUCUAUACUGCAAAAUUGCUUAUAGCAGAGAGUGGGGGAAUUCUGGUUUCGGUGGAGAAGCUAAAAGAAGGCCAUGCCAUAAUCAUCUACCGAGGGAAAAAUUAUCGACGCCCUUCAAAGCUAAUGACUGACAAUCUUCUAACUAAGAGAGAAGCAUUACAAAGGUCUAUUGAAUUGCAGAGAAUUGGCUCCUUGAAGUUUUUUGCAUAUCAACGACAACAGAGAAUCUUAGAUUUGAAACUCAAACUGGCCGAACUGAGGGAAAGAAGAGCCGGUAGUCCGCAAGGGUGACAAGCCACCAACUUAUGUUCUAUGCAUCGUGAGAUCCCCUGGAAGUUUCAGUCUUUAAACUAUCGUCAUAUUAUUUGACAGUGGCUAAUGGUAUCUUGCAAACUGAAAAUUUUGAAAUCAUGUAACUUUCUAUUACUAGGAUUUUGAUUCAAG